UUGCGCCAGUUUCUCGUCCUGAACUUUAACCUCAUUCACAUUUCGCGCGAUUUGCGAUUUGCAGAAAAUUUUGGAUUUCUUUGAUAAGGAGGAAGACUGCAGCCUAUUUACUUACAAUGCUUGCUUGAUAAUUUACAUAUAACAAAUAAUAUUCUGAUGAAAUCAUCGCGCCUUUGAAAAGUUUCAGGUCAAUUUAAAAAACUUAUGAAGAAUCUAUGUUAUUGUAAUUGUAUGAAAAUCAGCCAAAAACCCCUACUUAGGGGACAAUUUCGAGUUUCACUGCCGAAACUACUGUGUACUGGCCAUACGUAGACCCAGGUAAAAUUGGUUUGAAAUAUUUGUCACUCUCAAAAUGUAUGUUAUGCUUAAAUAAACUAGAAAACUUUAAGCAUUGCCAUACAGAACAUUAUUUGUUUAUAAUACUCACCGACGACUGAAAGAAACUAGUACAUGUAACCGGAAUCUCUGAAAUGGCCAAAGUUCAAAUUACCAAUGUGCGGGUACUGGACAACCCUGCCUCAUUCCUGAAUCCAUUUCAAUUUGAAAUCACAUUUGAAUGUUUGGAGGAUUUACCUGAAGAUUUAGAGUGGAAGAUAAUUUAUGUAGGUUCGGCAGAAAGUGAAGAUAAUGAUCAGGUUCUUGAUACGGUUCUUGUAGGGCCAGUGCCAGCAGGCAAUCACAUGUUUGUUUUCCAGGCAAAUGCACCAGAUAUUAAGAAGAUUCCAAUUCAAGAUUUACUUGGUGUUACUGUUACACUAAUCACGUGUUCCUACCGGACACAAGAGUUUGUACGAGUUGGUUAUUAUGUAAAUAAUGAAUAUGAUGACCAAGAAAUGAACGAGUCUCCACCCUCAAAUCCAGAGUAUGAUAAGAUACUUCGGAACAUCCUGGAGACAAAUCCCAGAGUGACAAGGUUUACAAUUGAUUGGGAACAGAAUCCUAAUAGUGAAAACAUCCCCCCAGCAUCUGAAAACCAACAAUCUUCAAGUUCUCAAAUGAAUGGUGUAUCCUGCACUGAUGUUGCCAUGGAGAAACUAAGUAAUGAUGUAUCAGUAAGUGCUGAUAGUAACAGCAGUCUCCCAGAGUAUGUUAGCGCCAUGCAACAUUGAUGCUAACACCAGUCUCUCAGUACAUUAGCACCAUGCAACAUUGGUGUUAACAUCAGUCUCUCAGAGCAUAUUACCACCAUGCAACAUUGAUGUUAACAUCAGUCUCUCAGAGUACAUUGAUGCCAUGCAACAUUGAUGUUAACAUCAGACUCUCAGAGUAUAUUAGCGCCAUGCAACAUUGAUGUUUACAUCAGUCUCUCAGAGUAUAUUAGUGCCAUGCAACAUUGAUGUUAACAUCAGUCUCAGAGUAUGCUAGCAACAUGCAAUAUGGAUCAUAACAGCAGUCUCCCGGAGUAUGUUAGCGAGAUGAUGCAACAUUGAUGUUAACAGCUGUCACCCGGAGUAUGUUAUCAACAUAUUUUUUAUCUUGUUGAUUUUAAUUUGCAUACAAAUAUCUUGAUUUUGAAUAUUUUGGAGAUUAAGGAACAGCUUAUUUUAAGAGUAAGCAUUUAUUUACUCAUUUUGGAAGAAAUACCUGUAAAAUACAUUCAUACAAAAAUGAGAAAAACACAUACAGUGAACUUAACAGGAAGGUACUUUGUGUAUAAGAAUGAUUUAUUAUUAAAGUCUUUUGAUCAGUUUAUUAAAAAAAGGAUGAUUAAGCAGUACUGUGAACUGAAGGGGAUACCUGAUGUGGCUAAUAACAAAAGCUAUUAACUGUAAAUAGAACAGUGAUCAUUCAGUGAUGCUGAAUAUUCACAAAUACAACACAAUUGAUAAGAGCAUUCUGACCUGAAUCAACAUGUGAAAAAAGCAGAUAUUGUUAAUCUGCGGGAAAAAAAAAAUUGGUGUAGAAAACACCUUCACUAAUGAUAUACAGUACUGUGUGAAUAUUAUCUAUUACUAUAACACAUUGUCACUGUCAAUUCCAAGCGUACUUGUAUUACAGUGUGGUGCUGUGCACUUCACUAUGGGUGUACAUUCACAUAAUAAGAUAGCGAUUUCUGCGUGAAAAUUCUGUAGUAACGCAGUGAAGGACGCCCUCUUGCAAUUACAAUUACUUUUGAACUUUGACAUCUAUGAUCUCAGUGCAAAUUCUGGAACAACCACCAUAGUAACAACUAGGACGCCCUCUUUCAUUUACAAUUACUUUCUAUUGUUUUUUGCAUGAAUUGCACUCUUCUGUUUGUUACAUGCAUACCGCGGAGAAAGCUAUCUUCUUAUAAGAUCUUUGAUGUGAGCUCAACAAGCAUUUAUCUGGCAGUGCAGGAAAGAUUGUUUUACAUUCCUUCCAGUAGAUUCCUUCAUGAAGUUAGUGAAAAAUUUGCUAUAUAACUACAUGGAAUGUCAUAGAGGACAGCAUUAACACUUGCGAUUUGUUCCUGCAGUAUAUCAAUAUAUCAUUAGUUUAAUAAUAUUUAAUUCAAUGUUUUUAAAUUUCCUAUUACCAAUUCCAUUUCUAAUUUUAUUUCAUGGGUACUGUACUAAGCUGACUCAAUAGUGAAUUUUGUCAGACAUGCAUAAAACAACUGUUACCACAUAUUGUAUUUUACAAACUCAACCAUGUCAGUACUGCCCUCACUAUUGUGUUCACUGCUGUAAUUUUUUUUUGCGGAAAAGAUCACAACCAUGGUUGGACUGGCAAGGUUAAAAAUAAUCCCAAUAUAUUCUCUCAAUAAUUAUAAUAUUCAAAGAUUUGGAGGAUUAAAUUCAGUUGCUCAUGGGAAAAUCAAAAUAAUCCCAAUAUAUUCCCUCAAUAAGUAUACUAUUCAAAAAUUUGGAGGAUUGAAUUCAGUUGCUCAUGGGAAUAUUUUUAUACAGCAAUAAAGUAAAUCAGUGGUCAAAAAAUUGCACUACCUUGUUGCUUUUGGAUUAAUUAAAUAUAGCACAUUAGUAAGUACAUCAUUUUUAGUGUAACUCCAGUGUAUAUACAUGAUUUCUCUGUUAACAUGUGUACCCAUAUUUUGUAUAUAAAUGGUUUCUCUGUUAACGUGUGCGCCAUAUUUUUCCCCAGUAUAAAUAACUUAAGCCGGGCACUCAUUGCGCAUGACGUGUGUUGGCUGACGUGAGUCUAUAAAGAACGCAACAUGACGACGGACACAAAAUGAUCCGUUAAGACUGUCACCGACAAUUAGCAGACGAUGUCGCGUUGUCUAUCGCUCACAGAGAUAGACAACGCAGUGAGUGCCUGGGUUUACAGUGCAAAACUUCAGUGUAUCAUAGCAAAGAGAACUCUGUUGCACAAGCUGACCAAUCCAUGAUUUAGAGGAUCUAGGGUUUUUUUGGCAAAAAGGAGCCCAAAAUACUUGUAAGAUGUUUCAAAGGCACUAACUUUUCAAGCUUUUACUACAAAAUUUUGUAACUUAACCUGGAUUUUAGACCCGUGGCAACCAUUUUAUCAACCAAAAUGCCUGGGAGAGAUGGAGGCACAGACUUCAUCUCUGAACUGAGUGUGAGGGCAAUUAGUACAUUUAAAAAAGAAAUCUGCAAACCUGGGCAACAUGAAUUUUUUUUUGCCUUAUUGUAGUUCUGUACUGUAUAUUACAGUAAAUGCUGUUGUUUUUAGUGUUAUCUAUUGAGUUUUUGUAUCUACCAUUCUGGAGGAUUGUUUAAUACUACAUGUUUUAUUUAUAAUGUAGAUAAGGCUGAGAUUGAUGGAAUAAAAAGAUACAUAAUGCAAGUCAUUGAUGUUAAAUACUUU